AUGUCUGCCGAAACUCAGCGAAUUCAAGCUCGGUUUCGCUACAGGGGUCACAGAUACAACUGUGACUUCCGCCCCGGCGACAACAGCGUCGCCUUGCUUGCUCGCCUGAACGCAAUCAGAGAUUUUCUUCGCGUCCAACCUGAAAUCCAGAGUGAGGUCUUCUCCGUACCCGACUUUGAGUUUCUCUGGCAUGCAGCUUUAAUUUCCGUCAAAGAUUAUCCCACCUCAAAUGGUGUGAUUAAUAUAGAGAGUCAAAGGAUCAAGGCACCUGCUUUUCCUGCCGGGAACUUUCGAUGGCACCGCUCCAACAUUCCACGCUACCAGUACUUCGCUGAAGUGUUCCUAUUCCUCCGACGUCGUUACUCUCUCAUCACAGUCCCUAACGUAGCAGAAGCACGACAGAUCCUCUCCCAACCAUGUGACCUUCACUGGAAAAUGUGUGAAUAUGCCGCUCAUCCUUGGUUCUCCUUGGUUUUGGGGCCACGCCUAGAUUUCUUCGCGCAGACUGUCGAACUGUUGCAGCAAACAUCUUGUUUCCAACAACAAGCCUGGUCGACGGAUGCCUUCCAUGAUCUAUGGCAAACGAUUCAAGAGAUCUCAGGUACCCAUGCAAACCAGAUCACACUACUGCGCCGCUAUCAAGACCAACGGUGGCGACGAACAAUUCCAGCACAUCUACUCAUCGUCACAGCAGAACUACUGCAUUACUUGGCUACUCGACCUGUGAUGCCCCUAGACAAAUUUUUACAUUGUUUCGAUGUUUGUAUGCAAUACCCUGCAGAGCAAUGGGAUUUCUGGUGCCGAUCUUCAGCAGAACGUCUUGCAGUCCUAGCAACAGCAGCUGCUACCACCGCUUCAGAACCGACAUUCUAUUCCACAGAUGUACAACCAGCCGCAAAUUCCACUGCUCGCUCUCGGCGCCUGGCAAAAUCUGCUCAAAAGUGGCCUUCAGCUAUUCCAGCUUCCAUACUCCUGGCGCAUGCAAAGGAAUACCAUGAACAGUUUCAUCAGUGUUUACAACCACCCCGCCUCUGCGGCAUCUGCGCGUGCCCAAUCUGGGACAUGACCUUCGAACUGCUGGACUUCCGCGCCCCACCAUGCGACCUUGCUCAGCUGCAUCCCCUACUUUCUGGAACUCUUUUCCUCAAAGAAUUUGCCAACUAUGCCACUCUCGAUGUACCACCAGCUUUCCGUGGCCUAACACUCCAACGACUACAAGAAUUCUUCGUACCUGACGUUUGGCUCCUGCACCUUGCACCAGAUGCUCAAGAAACAUGGAAAAUCGCAACAUUCGAUCCAACUGCCUCAUUGCAGUGCCUGGCAUGUGUCCCGUGUGCUCGGUCUUUCCGCAAAGCGUCGCCCACCUUGCCUCCAUCUGCAUUAGCCAACAACAAUCUCUGUCUACCAGCACCAGAGGAACUCCAGUCAUUGUCCUUUGGGGAACAACUUUUCAUUGCACGAGGGUUUGCUGCCCGUCGGCUCCGCACAUUGACUCCUUCUGGUGACCCAGAAGCACGCCAACAAGGCAUGCUUGGCACUACCAGUGCCAUCGCAUUCCCGCAGAAUGCCGCUACAAUUUUUUCACAACUUCCAGUCUCUGCAGCGCAGGUCUCUGACUACCUGAGUGUCUUCUUCACAGAUGCAUUGCAAAGCAACUUGCAUUUCUCCAAGGAGUUCGUCGUGAGACGCAGCGCAGUCCAUCGCGCUCUGCUCUGGCUCACGCAACACAACCCUUACUAUGCUGACAUCACCAUUGACAUGUCAUCCUUGCAAGACCUUCCUGCUAACGGUGUGCCACCAGCCUGGGCUGCUCUUGCUCAAGUCAGCCACGAAUCUUUGACCAGGGAAUUUGGUCCAGUUGACGCAUCUACUGCUGGUGGAACAGAUUCCGCAAUUCAUGCUGCUGUUCUUGACCCUGGCGUCGACCACACAGACCCUUUGCAACUUUGGAAUACUGCUCUGCUAGCUUGCGAGCGCUACGAGCGUCAUGCCACCUCCAAUGCUGUUUCUGCCACUGCUGAUGUUCACGUAGUACAAUACGCUCUUCGAUCCCUGGCCUCCAGCAGCAACCAUCGCUCUUUCGAACAGGAUCUCAUCCAUCAGACCCGGCCCGCCCAAAGCAAAGAAAAGCUCUAUGUCGUUGUCCCCCAUGCCGACGAACCGCUUAACAGUUACGACCCUUUCUUCUGGACGGCAUGUUUCCCACUGCAAUUCCCAUACGGAGAUGGUAUUGAUGGCCAACCACGUCGAACAUAUCUCUCUGAUCAUGACUGGGGAAAACUUUUGCUCCUACGACGUGAUCGGCCCCUUCAGCUUCAUCCGAGAAAAGAUUUGGAUUUCAUUUCUGUUCUCUUUUCUGUGCUGCAUAGACGCCGUCUCCUUCGCGCAGUUCGCAUACGAGUCCAAGCCCCACAUUUCCGAGAGCAACUCCCUUCCUUUGUCAACCUUCAAGCUACUGACUGGACGCAAGUAGCAAGCACUGUCGGAGAGCAUGGCUCCAUCCCUGAUGCAUUGCGCUCUCAUGACAUUCCAAAUGCCAUGAAAGCCAUCCUUCGGUGCUUGCAAGCAGUGCAAGGACAAAUUCCCUGCACGGACGCAGCUCGACGCAUGAUGCGUGGUGAACUGACUUCUCUCAUCACUUAUUUUGGUUGUCCUUCACUAUUUGUUACGUUCAAUCCUGCUGACGUCUUGCAUCCCUUUACCUGGCGACGUGGUUUGACAACACCUACCACACCAUUACCACAGGUGCAACUUGAUCAGCAUCUUUUGUGUGCCCUCCGUGACGCCAAUCUGUGGCGAAUGGUCGCGCUUGAUCCGACGGCAGCAGUCGAAGCUUUCCAUCUACAUGUCAACACUUUCCUCUCCACGUUAUUGAAAGUGGUUCCAUCCGCCCAGCAGCUUCCAACAGAUGGCAUUGCUUCCAUUGACGGGCAAGGCAUCUUCGGUCCACUUAGCGCAGCUUUUGGUGUAAUCGAACCACAGCAAAGAGGCAGCCUACAUAUUCAUUUCCUCUUGUUCUGUUACGGCUUCCAGGACCCCCAUGUCUUAGUGCAAAACUUUGCUGCGCAACUCCCUCUUCUAGAAGAGCGACUUUGGGCAUGGAUCAACUCCAUCGUCGUCACAUCCUUCGAAGCCAUCCCCCCUAUGUUUGACUUGCCACGCUCAACGUUGGAAAACUUACGGCCCUUGCCAUAUUCCGAUGCACAGAUGAAGCUCAUGCAUCCACACUACCGGCCACACCUCGUCGCUGCCAGCGAUCAUUGGUUUGCGGCUGACCCCAACAAUUUCCUGUAUGCCCAUGAUUUCAUCGACUGCCCAUUUGCUCUCGACAUGCCUGUGCAAAAGCCUUUUGUCCCUGGUGCUUGGACUACCUUGCAACCACAAUCGCCCCACUGCACACAGACACUGCAUCCAUGCUCCUCUACGAUCUACGUGCUUCUGUGCUUUACAGCGGUCUUCUUCACUGCUGCCAACCAAAGACGUGUUACAAGGGCAAAAUUGGAAAGAGAGGCUAUUGUAGGCUAUCUUUCUGGCAUUGGCUACCUCUUGGCUUUCAUGUCUGGGAACGUUGUCACGGUAUUGAGCUUUGCCCCAAGCCUCUGCUUGGAACCAAGCCACCUCACAUCGACGCAUUUCAAACAGAACGGCACCAUCAGUUCUUCGGUCGCAUGA